CUUGGCAGCAGGCGCAGAGCACUCGACCGCCCGGCCCGGUGGCCACCGCCCGUAGCAGUGACCAUCGUGGCCGAUCGACCAUCGCUUCCUCAGUGUCGCAGCACCUGACGUCAGGCAACAACGCACCCACGAUUUGUUGAAGCUGCGCCGCAGCAACGAGAGCGCAAGCGCUGUGCCGCGCGACGGCAGCAAGGCACGAUCUGCGUACGAUGCCCUUGGAAUCUUAAAAGCAGAGACGGCGCUGGUCAUUUCUGGGCCAAGGGCAGUGAGCAGCGAGACGAGCGAUCAAGUACGCACGCUCAAGCAAGACGCUGGAUGUGUACCCCGACAGCCAUGCGCUCUCGCGGGCAUACUCGCCAUGACACGAGACAACUGUCAGCGCGGCAGGGUCAUGGGCAUCCAUUUACGCAUCCAUGCGGCUGCCCGCCAGGAGGAGCUUCCCACAAGAAAGUUGCCCGAGGGAUUUAUUUUAUUUCUGAUACAAAUCAAUGCAAAAUAAAAUAAUUAUCGCCAGCGCAGCCAUUGGUUUUUCAACAAGGAAGGCAAGAAGCAUGACAGACGAGAUCGCACUCCAGCAAUGGCUCGCGCCGUGGCCCAAGAUCCAGGACCAGCUUAACCUCCUCCUUGUCGGCCUCAAGCGGCGCCAGAUCACGGGCUCGUAUGAGACGUCGCGCAAGACCACGGAGCUGCUUCGUGCUGUGCUUGGAGCCGUCCGCUUCACGCAUGCCCGGCAGCUUAUGGAGCACAUCCGUAUCCUUGGUCGCGUUCUCAUCAAGGCCAUCCCUCAAGAGCUCGCGAUUGGCAACGUUAUUCGUCGUGUGCUCUUUAUCGUGCGCGAAGAGUACUUGAACGGGAUGAAGACGCUGUCGUCGCAGACGCAGGCGCAGCUUUCGCUCGGCACGAUUCUCACGCCGGGCAUGGAAGACGACUUCACGACGCCUAUCAAGGAGCUUAAGCAAGCCAUCAUGGAAGGUGUGAGCGAGCUCAUGGAUGAGAUCGAGAACCUCCACAUCAGCAUCGCGGACCAGGCCAUGGAGUACAUUCACGCGAACGAGGUCAUCUUGACGUAUGGUCUCUCGACGUCUGUGGAAGAGUUCCUCAAGGCUGCUGCCAAGAAGCGUCAGUUCAAAGUCAUCGUUGUCGAAUCGACGCCGGUCCUGAAUGGCCAAAACAUGGCCCAUCGACUCGCAGAGAGCGGCAUCGACACGACCGUCAUCACGGACAGCGCCGUCUUCGCCAUGAUGGCCCGUGUCAACAAGGUGGUGAUUCCUGCCAUCGCUGUCGUUGCAAACGGCGGUCUCAUCGCGCAGUCUGGGAUUCAAAACAUCGCGCUCGCGGCCAAAAAGUUCUGUGUCCCCGUCGUGUCUGUUGCGGGUCUCUUCAAGCUCUGCCCGCUGUACCCACACGAUCUGGACGUUCUCAAUGAGCUCGUGUCGCCGGCGCACAUUCUCAACUACGACGAGACGCUUCCCAACAUGGAUGUCUUGAACCCGGUGAACGACUACGUCCCGCCUGAGCAUGUGACCAUCUUCAUCACAAACACUGGCGCGUACCAGCCGUCGUAUAUUUACCGCUUGCUGACCGAGUACUACUCGCCGCAGGACUAUCAAUUGGUCUAAGCCGCCAGUGACAAGAAGAGUUUACGCACGAAGUAAUGUAGCAUUUCUUCAGUUGUGCUUAGCCGACUAGA